CGAACAUGUCCGUGCUCGUCGGUCGGCGUGGGAGUGGACACGUUCGCCGCUCGUGACCUGCCGCGCCCCCUGCCGCCGCCAUGGCGUCGGCGGCCGCGGCGUGCGCAGAUGGCGCGGGAGGGCCACCUCGUGCGCGGCCCGCGGGCAGGCUGGGCGGGCGACGGGCUGCUCAGCGCCGUGGCGAGGACGAGCGAGGCGGAGGCGCUCGCCUGCCUCGCCGCAGGCGCGUGCGUCAACCAGCGCGACGACAGCAGCCGCACGGCCCUCCACCUCGCGGCCGCGCAGGGGCUGCCGCGGGUCUGCCUCGCGCUGCUGUGGCACC